CCUAGUUUUUCGGUGAAAGUAUAUCAACAUGGCCGAACACUCUAAACGGCAGCUGGAUCCUUGGAAAAUGCCUGACAUUCGCUACAAGAAAAUGUUCGCCGACAACAACCAGGGUGAUCCCGGGAACGAGUGGACUCUAGGCGAAGACAAUUUUUAUGGGGACGAGUCGAGACUCCUGCGGGAAGACAACAAUUCCGGGAACGAGUCGAGCAGCGCUGAGGAAGACCCGGGAACGAGCAGCACCGCAAGGCUCAAGAAGACAAACUGGGACAAAGGGUCGAAUUACUCUUUAUUAAGCAACCUCAGUGAACGCGAAACUUCUUCCGACUUCGAGGACAAGACUGUAGAUCAUCUUAGUGGAAGCAAAACUUCUUCCAUCCUUUAUGGCGAGAUUAAGACAGAAGCUCAUCUGAGUGAAGAAGGUGAAACCUCUUCCAUCUUUGAGAACAAGACAGAGGUUCCUCCUAGUGAACAUGGAACUUCUUCCGACUUUGGGGACAAGACAGUAGUCCCUAAAGAACAAGACCAUAGCUUGGAAAGCUAUCCUGCAAGAGCCCGCAGUCCGCUAGAAAGUUGGUCGUCUGCACAUUCCUUGAUCAGCGUCGACGAAAAGGCGACGGCAAGUCCUUCCCAGCAAACCCACUUCGCGGUAGAAAUGGACAGUCCCCUUUCCAAGACACGCGACGCGACCGUCGUGAAAGAAGAACAAGGGUCGUGGAAGCAGAGCAGGAGUUCGUUGGAUAGCUCAACGCGACUGGACACUGGGAACGUGCAGGCGAGUACCGGAAGGUCCAGGGAACGAGUCUCAAAAGAACUGACCGGAAAUGGCUACAUCCGCACUUCUGACGUAGUCCCAGUGAUAUUAGACGACGAUUUUCCUGGGGGCAGAGAGAAGAAGGAGUCCGUCCCUUCCACAUCGGCGGGGCCCCGGGAGGGCGCCGGGCGGGACCCGCUCGGGUACGACAUCUUCGCCCGGAGUAUCGCGGAGGUGGUGACGGACGAGCGGACGGAGAUGCCGCUCACCGUGGGCGUGUACGGAGAGUUCGGCAUGGGAAAGACGCACCUACUCGGACAGGUCAAAGACGAAGUGGACGCCAUGAUCGAGAAGAAGAAGACAGAUUACCAGGACUACUACAAAGGCGAAGUCGACGGAAUGAAACAGAACCGGAAACGGAAACAGGUCACAGAAACGAACACGCGCUUUCCCGUCGUCCGCUUCUCCGGCCUGAUCGUGGUCUUCCUCCUGUUGCUAAUAGCAACGGUGGUCUGCGCCGUGUACAACCAGACAGGAUGGAAAGCGCUGCUAGUGUGUACCGUACUGGCUUUUGUAGUGUUGGUGGCAUCUGUGAACCACGCCUACGGAAAAAGCAUUCGUCGGUGUUGUGGUAAGAGGAUUUCUGCCCUGCAGAGAGCCAGCCACAUGCACUGGAUGGUGGGGGUGUACAUGGACUGGCUGGAACCCCCGGUCAUGUCCGAAACGCCACAGGCCGAACGUUACGAGGUGAUCUGGGUGCACUUCAACGCCUGGGAGUUCUCCGGCUGCAAGGUAUUGUGGGCCGGUAUCGUCACUACUCUGUGUGACGCCAUCGAGGCCAAGAUCGGGGCGACUCCGGCACGGUUCUACCGCGUCAUCAAGGGCCAAGUCGAAGGCUGGAGCGGUACCAGUAAGAAGCCCCUUCUCCGAUGCGCCUGGUUUCAGGUCCUCCUGGCUGUCGUGCUCGGUGUCAUCCUCUCGACACUCGUCGGCAUCUUCGUGUUGGAGGAAGGAACUCAACAGCUCACGGCACUCAUCUCUGCGGGAUCUAACCUCCUAGGCCUGGGCAUCGUCGUCAACAUCAAGAGCUUCUUCAAGAUUGCCAAGAAUCUGCUCAAGUCUCAGAAGGACGUCUUGAAGAGCCAGAUGAAGAAGCCGGACUUCGCCGAGCAGCUGGGCUUCAUGUCACAGGUCAAAGGGGAAGUGCAGACGGUGACGUCACUCCUGCGGUUCCUGGAACACGUGACCGGCGUCCAAUACCGUGUGAUCAUCGUGGUGGACGACCUUGACUGUUGCCCGGGCGACCGUGUGGUGGACGUGCUACAGGCCAUGAACAUUCUGCUGUCCGACCAGGAGGCCAACUUCGUGUCCAUCGUCGCCAUGGACCCGAAAAUCGUGGUCAACUGUCUGGAAAGCCACCUCACAGAGACCAUCAUCAACAACUACAGCGGAUACGAGUACUUGAAGAGGAUCGUGCACGUGCCCGUGUGCCUUCCCGAGCCGAACGUCGGGAACCGGCGGGACCUUCUCCGCGAGGUCGUGCGGGGCAAGCCGGGCAUCAUCACGAGCGAGUACCCUUCCGCCACCUCCCCGGGCAGGAUCUCCUUCAAGGCCGGGAGCAAAGCGCGCCAGAAGCUCCUGAUCGACAGUCAAGGUCAGUGGACGAGGAAGUGUCUGUCAGCGUUACCGGAUGCGCAGGGUGACCUUGAGGUCCAAGAUGGCGACCGUAAGAUCCAAGAUGGCGGCCGCGUGGCAAGGAAGUGUCUGUCAGCGUUAUUAGAGGCGCCGAGUGACCUUGAGAUCCAAGAUGGCGGCCGUGAGUUCGAAGAUGGCGGUCGUGAGAUCCAAGAUGGCGAUCAUGUGUUCCAAGAUGGCGACCAUGUGUUCCAAGGUGCUGAUGACCAAGCCAAUGCUGCAAACCGAUGUCUAAAGGGAGCCGAUUCGGCAUUCGAAGAUGGAGUAAACGGAGACCUCAACAUGGACUUCCUUGGUGACGUCAUCCAGGUCAUGGUCCAAGACGACGAUGAUGACGACAUCAAUGACAUCAUGUUCUACGUCCGCGGCAACGCGCAUCACAUCACCGACAUCUACCACGUCCUUGGAAUGACCGUCAAAGUUCUGAAGCACAAGAAGCACCUGCAGUUCGUCAGCCCGCGCCAGGUGGCGUCGUGGGUGGUCCUGGCCGAGCAGUGGCCCUACCGGCUGAGCUGGGUACUGCAGUUCGUUGAAGACAGCCAACAGAACGAGAGUAUAAGAGAACGCUCCCGCAUGAUGAUUACUGACCUUGAGUCAACCCGAAGACUCAGCUUACUGGGACCUGCUGUAUCUAAGAACGCCAGUCUGUUCAAAGUGUUUGAGAAGGUGAAGCUGGAAAUGGCGCGAGUCGACGCGAAGGACUUCGCACGUCUCAACAACCUAGACGCCGACCCUGAGAUGUUCGAGCUUCUCCUUGUCGAGUCAAGGUUCACCGUACAGGAUAUGAUGACCUUACUCCCCUGUACCAUCAACUUGGACUGGUCCAUUCAGCGCAGAAUCGCUGUGGCGAGAAGCCUUGCCGCCCGGGAGUGAGUGACGUCACUGAAGCCACUGUUACACUAAUCUCCAAGCAGAUCAUACGGUGGUAAGGCAGUA